AAAUUGAAUGUAUCAUCAAAAUUAAACUGUAUUGCAUCGUCAUACGACCAGUAUACCCUUAAAAUCAAAGCUGCAAACAUGUCGCUAGUAACUGACGAGGAGUGGGCCCAGUUCAAGGCUACCCACAAAAAGAAUUACGACGGAGAUGAAGAGCAAAUGCGUCGAUCCCUUUACGAAAAAGCUAAAGCAAAAGUAGAAGAACACAACAAGAAAUUUGAAAGCGGCGAGGUAACAUGGAAAAUGGGCAUUAACAACAUGUCGGACUUUACUCCGGAUGAGUACGCAAAUAGGUGUGGCUCAAGGCCAUCCAAGUAACUGGAUGCAUUUAAAAAAUCUCAUGAAUCUAACGUUUAAAUGAACAAAAGACAUAUUUUAUAAUCAUGAACUUAUUCUUUUAUGUACAUUUUACUUACCUUAUACAAAAUAAACAGCUGUAAACUGCAA